CGUCCGGGGGUUACUUUUAACUUCCGGCGGCUCGAUACAACAAUUACAAUUACAACAUACUUUGUUACUAUGUCACAGAAAGGAAUCGAGAAAUAAUGUUCCAUUUAACUACAAAAAUUAACUUUCAAGAGCUGUUUUGACGAUGUCUGCUAUAACGGACACAGGUGAUGCGGGUAAUGAUGCUGCACAGGCGGUUUUUGGCAGAGUUGCUGAUGGCAGUGGCAUCGUAGCUUUAAAGACUGAAUGUGAGACUAUUUGGUCAGAGAUCCAAGAAACGCAACAGCUUCUACAGCAAACCCAACAAGUGUAUUCAGCGACCAGAUCAUUAGAUCAACAACCCCUGGUAGCUAUACUGAAGGAGAAGGAAAAGCGACUUAAGGCUGAAAUCGAGGUGUUAAAAAACAGCACUCCCAGGUCUCUUUCCACAAAUUCCGAGGUCAUAGAAGCAUCUCUCUAUGAGGACUUGAAACAAGAAGUAAUUCAACUGCAGGAGAUUCAGUCUUUGGUUAAUGCACAGUGUCUCGAUCUGAAAGACAGCAUAGAGAAAGAAACACAGUUUCAGCAGCAGCUUUUAGCUAUACAAGAGCGUUUACAGGAAAAAUGUAAUUCUCUUGUGUCAACGGAGCCAGCUGAAGAUGCUGUUGAGGUGGUAGCCCAGGAGCUCACCAGCAAGAUUGAUGCUGCACGGGAGACAGAGAAACUUGUCAUGAAAAGAAUGGCAGCAUUUGUUUCCAAGCAUUUCCCUUUACCUGACCAGUCUCAGGUGGCAUUAACUUCCAAGCAUUUACGAUCACAUCACAAGAAGACAAGUUUGGAGACAUUACCCUUGAAAGACAUUCUGCUUGAACUCAUGACAAAGUGUGUGGAAUCACCAAAUGACCCGUACCUUGUGCUGGAUGACAGAUACUGGCCCGCAUAUGUUGAACUUUUGCUACGAUGUCACAUUAUUUUGCAACAUCCAGAUGAUGAUCACCGGAUCAAACUAGUGCCAUUCCAUCUUUAAACCAGUGUGUUUUGCCAAAGUGAAGAAGAAUGUAACACUUUCCUUGAUAAUGCAUAGGAAACAAUGAACAGUGCCUUCUUGUUCAAAGUGCUAAUGAAAGAGUUAUUAAGCAACUGAAUCAGUAAAACAUUUAUUAUGUAAAACUAAAAAUUCUGUGUAGAUGACUUUUUCCUGUAAUUUGUUUUAAUAAUCAAAAUAAUGACUUUCAUAAGCUUUUUACAUUAGUAGCCUUUCUGGAUUUCCCAAUGUUUGCAGCACUAUUCAUUAGCAACAUUAUACUCCACACUAUAUGGAAUCUGCUUUUUUAAACGAAUUAUUUCUAGUCUCUUUGCUUACACACCUUGUAGCUAUAUUAUUUUUUCUGAACUGUGAUUUCAUUGAUUCAUAGAAAAAUAUGAUGGAUACUUCAGUAAAAUUAUGUCUGUUACCAACAGAAUGAGCUGUCAUCAUGUGGCAUUGAUGAAGACAUUAAUCAAGAGUUCUUGCUAUUGUGGAUUUUUCAUUUUAUAAUUAUGUGCAAAUUUGUGUCUUGUCCAAUACAUUAUGGAAAAAAAUGUCCCAUUUGCUGUAUGCUAGUUAAAUUAUGUUGAUUUUUUCCUUUUGUAGAAUUGCUUUAGAGGUACAAUGUAACAUCAAUGUGAAAUUGCUUUUCUGACAGGCAAACAUAAACCCAUAUAUGGAAAUAAAAUAUUUUGAUGACUUUAA